UAAAUAUUAGUUUUCAAAUAUAUAUCAUAAAGAAAUCGUAUCAUACCAUUUCGCGUCCUAGAAGCUCAUUUUCAUAAUAUUAAUCAUUCUUCCAUAUGAAUGUGAACCAACAGGAUAAGCUGAGGUAUAUAAAUAUCGAACGAAAACAAAAACAGUGAAUAGUUCCUCACCUUUGUGACCCCAGGAAUAUUUCACGAAUCUCCCUCAGAAAGUAAAAUAUUUAUAUGUAAAAAAUGAAGGUUCCUGUAUUAUUUUUAUUCCUGUUGAUGUUUCUCCAAGUAAAUGCAUGGAAAUUCUUCCAUAAAGGUCGACUCAAUGGAGGAAAUAUAGGGUGUCCUGGUAGUAAACAUCCCAUCUUAAAUUCUCCAUUCGUGAAAACGAAAUGGUUCACUCAACGGUUAGAUCAUUUUGAUACUAGGAAUAACAAAACUUGGCAACAGAGGUAUUUCGUAAACAAUGAAUAUUAUCAAAAUGGAGGACCAAUAUUUCUUAUGAUUGGAGGGGAGGGUGAAGCAUCCGAUAAGUGGAUGACGGCCGGAGCUUGGGUUGAUUAUGCUAAGAAAUUCAAAGCACUCUUAUUCCAGGUUGAACAUAGAUAUUAUGGACAGAGUCAUCCUACGGAAGAUCUUUGUGUUAAAAACCUAGUUUAUCUAUCCAGCGAACAAGCUCUAGCCGAUUUGGCUUAUUUUGUUUCAAAAAUAAAUAACGAACUACAACUGACUGCUAAAUGGAUAGCGUUUGGCGGUUCAUAUCCAGGAUCUCUUGCUGCUUGGCUAAGAAUGAAAUACCCCCAUUUGAUACAUGGUGCAGUCUCUUCGAGUGGACCUUUGCUAGCUGAAGUCGAUUUCUUUGAUUAUUUUAGAGUAGUUGAUGAAGCACUAGAAUCAAACAGCGAAAAGUGUCUGGCAAAUGUGAAAACGGCUCAUGAUCAAGUGAACCUUCUCACUAAGCAUCCUCUAGGAUUGAGAAAAUUAGACGAAUCAUUUAAACUAUGCGAUCCUUUGGAAACUCUGAUUAAAGAGCCGAAACAUAUUGCGAACUUUUGGGAUACUUUGGCCAAUAAUUUCGCCGGCGUAGUUCAAUACAAUAAGGACAAUCGUAUAGGAAAAACUGCAGCAGGAAAUAUAACCAUCGAUGAUCUGUGUGGUAUAAUGCUCAACGAGACUAUAGGGAUUCCAUUCCAACGUCUAGCAGCCAUCAACAAAUUACUCCUCAACGCUACUAAUCAGACUUGUUUGGAUUAUAAUUAUGACAACAUGAUCAAAGCAUUAAGGAAUACAAGUUGGGCUGGUGAAGGCGGACGCCAGUGGACAUACCAAACUUGUACAGAGUUUGGUUUUUAUCAAACUUCUACCUAUUCACCUCAUGUAUUUGGAGAUAAAUUCCCUGUUGAUUUUUAUAUACAACAGUGUGAAGAUAUUUUUGGAUCUCGCUUCAAUGCUUCUUUCCUCGAUGAUGUCGUUUAUAGAACAAAUAUGAUGUAUGGAGGUCUUGAUAUUGAAGUUACAAAUGUUGUUUAUAUCCAUGGAUCAAUCGAUCCUUGGCAUGCUCUUGGAAUUACGGAAACAAAGGAUCAAGAUGCUCCUGCAAUUUAUAUAGAAGGAACUGCUCAUUGUGCCAACAUGUAUCCCAGUGAUGAUUCUGAUCCUCCCCAGUUAAAUCAAGCUAGAGUUGAAAUUGAGAACCAUAUCGACAAAUGGCUGAGAUUGUGAAUCAAUCAACAGAGUGUUAGAAGUAGGUUUCUGAUAAAUUGUAAAGAUAUUGAAAAUUUGUGAUUUUUAUUGAAUUGAAGAAAUGGUUUGUAGCCAAUAAAGACUAUAAGUAUUA